ACUAGAAAUGCCUGUUAAUAAUGUGAAAACGAGAAGCGCCCUCCUCAGGCAGAAGUUGAAAACAGAAAAGACUAUAAAAUCAUCUGAUAGCACGGAUAGAAACCCAACCGAUAUUACUGUAAAAAAGGGAUGUCCAUCAUCUAAAUCCCAAAAAAAGUCGAUUUAGUUGCAAACCACUCCAACUUUACUACCAUAAUUCCGACUGACACGACAGACCGGAUUAUAGCCCUUGAGGAAGAAAUAGCCACGCUGAAAUGCAAGCUUCAUGAAUUCAGCACAUGCUAUGAACAAGUCCUAUCAUUCUGUGAACUGCUUAGAGGCUCAGAAACUGUUACACUGGACCGUUUGAGCACAGCUGCUUCCUUACUAGACUCAGUUACAUCCGAAACGCAAGAACGCCUCCGUAGGUCGCAUAACGUUAUCAUUUUUAACGUGCCUGAUAAACCGAACAUCGACAGGGUAACAAAUACCCUCUUAAAAGCAUGCAAUAUGGAUGGAGUCUCUUGUCAGUGCCUCAGACUGAGGAAAAAGGAAAACAUGACCACAUGUCCGAUACUCUUACAGUUUCCAGACGAUAGGAGCGCAUCUAAAUUCGUACGCAGUAAAAGACUAGUUGCUGCACAAACUAAUUUUAAAAAUAUUAUUAUCAAACACGAUCAAACGCCCCUUCAAAGACGAUUAACAAUGAAACAAAAUCCCUCCACCCAUCAUAUGCCCCAUGUUCCUACUAACGAAGCCAGUACUGACGCUAUCAUCAGCAAUGUCGACCUAGACAAGUCAACCGCGUCGUCUAAUAUAGGCGAUGAUGGACAUCUCAGUCUUCAGCAGCCUGAUGAAAGAAUCUCAAAUAGCAGUAGUGAUGUGUCCAAAACUAAAACUACCAACAACGCUGAAAAUACAACGACGCAGACGCCAGCUGACCACACACUCAACUCCCCUAUCCCUUCUCCAAACUGCGAGCCCUUACAACAGUUUACAGUAACUGUACCUGAGACCUAUCAUGAGCGAGACAAAAAAGCAGACUGUAACGUUGGCAGCCCGAAAAAUAAAUCUCUAUCCGACCCGAAUGAACUAAGCUAUAGGUUAUCUCCGACCAACCGAGGCGUAGGCAAAAACAGAGGAAAGCGCCCUGCCAGAAUUUCUCCCAUAAACGCUCAAAGCUCAUUAAGUCUGAAGCAACCAUCACCAGAGCGCAGGGAUGUGCAGCUAGGCCAACUGAGAAAAAGUAUACGUCCUCAAGCCUAUACAUACAAAACCGACACUGUUGUCGGGAUAAGUUGCAGAGAGCCGGCCCAGUACCUACCCACAAUGCCUCUGACUACGUUUCCAAAUCCCGCGACCUCAAGCUGGCAAAGUCCUUAUGUAUGCGACACCGAAUUAGCAAACAAAAAGUUGGUAGGCCACAAGGACUUACAGUUAAGAGGGUGCAACCCCUAUCUACCUCAAGUCAAAAUUCACCCACCACCACCCGCUGUAUUACUCAAUUGGCAACAAUACAAACCGAAGCAAAAUGAGUUCGUCGACUUCAGCAUCCCCCCACCCCUGUAUACUACGGAUGUCAGUCCUUUUUUAGACUAUCGCACACCACCAGUUCCUCCCCCACCAAUCCUGCCCCUAUCACGUACGAUUAUGAACCAGAGAUUAAUCAAACUACUAGAGUAUGUACUUCAUUCAAUCCAGUACGAUCUGGAGCUCAGUGUGCCUCAGCUACCUCACAACACACAAUUCUCAGAUACAAUGACGAUGAAACAAACAUUACCCACCACUUUCAGUCCAUGUUAACAAUGUCUUUCAAAGCUGUUGUCAUUAACCUACGUUCCCUUUUGCCUAAAUUAGAUAUACUUUCAACACUUAUGUUUAUGAGAUCCCCCGAUAUUGUUUUUAUCACUGAAACUUGGUGCACGUCGGAAAUUAGUGAUUCUCAGCUUAACAUCCUAGGCUAUAAGCUUUUCCGCAAGGAUCGCUCGCACAAACGUGGUGGUGGCUGUGCCAUAUAUCUUCGAAAUAACCUGACUGCCAUUCCUGCAGAUCAACCUGUGUUCAUUGACUUAGAAGAUACACUAUGGCUAGUGAUCCCAUCUAUUGAUCUUCUAGUGGGUUGUAUCUAUCGGCCGCCCCGAACUACACAAUUUGCAACCCAAAAGCUAAUCGAUAUGAUCAAUGUUGCUUCCAGCACCACAUACAAAUCCAAAAUUAUGUGUGGAGAUUUCAACCUACCACAUGUUAACUGGACGCUGCCUACACUCAGAAACACGGCAGAGAUUGAGGAAAUUAUCGCAUGUAUCCACUUCAAUGGCUGGACUCAGCAUGUUAGAGAGCCAACUAGAAGUGCUACUACCUUAGACCUUGUAUUCACGAUGGGAAUCGCAAACGUUUAUACAUUCAUUGAUAAUCCACUGCCUGGCUGUGAUCACAACACGGUGUUUUGUGAUAUGACUAUUGAUUUACCUAAACGACCAAGUAAAAUGCUAAAACCCAUUCGUAACCUCCAUCGUGUGGACUGGAACGCAUUUAAUGAACUUAUCGGUACCAUGAAUUGGAAUACGUCAUUCCUAACCCACAACCCUACUGUGGCUACAAAUGAGUUUAUAAACAACAUUUCCCUUGUUGUGGAUCUACUAGCACCUACAGUAAUUAGAAAUACCCAUGAACAUAGGGGUGAACUCAAGCUUCUGUCCAAAGCCAAAAUAAAACUAAAGAAACUCAAAUCGCUAUACAGCAGGAACAACAGCUUCGCAACAUUGCUACAAAUACACGAGAACUUACUAUAUUUACAACGUCUAACCCUAACAGUC